CAUUUGCGCGCCCGAGGCGCGAAGCCGAACGUUUGACGGAUGAUGCCUCUCUCAAGCAAAAAGAGAAGAAAAAUCUUUCUCGAUUUCAACCACAAAAGGAGCAUCAUCUCAAAGCUUCUACAAACUAGCUAGAUAAGAACAGCGGGUUUCUCAUCAAUCAACACGAAACAGCCACCAUGACAGAAGAAAAGAAAGAGUUGGAGUGGCCCAUGGACAAGGUCCGCCAGACCUUUAUUGACUUUUUUGUCAAGAAGCACCAGCAUGUGUUCUGGCCGAGUUCUCCCUGUGUCCCCGUCGAUGAUCCCACGUUGCUCUUUACCAAUGCCGGUAUGAAUCAAUACAAGCCUCUGUUCCUGGGAACUUGUGAUCCCACCUUGAAAAUGGCUUCCUUGAAGCGUGCCGUCAAUUCGCAAAAAUGCAUCCGUGCUGGUGGAAAACACAAUGAUCUCGAUGAUGUUGGCAAGGAUGUCUACCAUCACACCUUUUUCGAGAUGCUUGGGAACUGGUCGUUUGGAGACUACUUCAAGAAGGAAGCCAUUGAAAUGGCAUGGAAGUGCCUGACAGAAGAGUUCAAGUUGGACAAGGAACGGUUGUAUGCCACCUACUUUGGUGGCGAUGAGAGUUCUCCCUGCGACGACGAAGCCAGAGAAUUGUGGUUGCAAUUCUUGCCUCCUGAGAGAGUCUUGCCGUUCGAUGCCAAGGACAAUUUCUGGGAAAUGGGAGCCACUGGACCUUGUGGGCCGUGUACGGAAAUCCACUACGAUCGAAUUGGAGGUCGCGAUGCCUCCAAAUUGGUCAAUGCCGAUUUGCCUGAUGUCAUUGAGAUUUGGAACAAUGUCUUUAUUCAAUACAAUCGGGAAGCCGACGGCAGCUUGAGAAAUCUGCCUGCUCAGCAUAUUGAUACUGGUAUGGGAUUUGAGCGUCUCACCAGUAUUCUACAGGGUGUGGACUCGAACUACGAUACCGACAUUUUCAUGCCGCUCUUUGCUGCCAUUCAAAAGGAGACCGGCGCUCGUCCUUAUGCCGGAAAGGUUGGUGCCGAAGAUGAAGGCUAUGUCGACAUGGCCUACCGUGUCGUCGCCGAUCACGUCCGGACGCUCUGCUUUGCCAUUGCCGAUGGCGCCACUCCUAGCAAUGCCGAUCGCGGUUAUGUCUUGAGGCGUGUCUUGCGUCGUGCCGUUCGGUACGGACGACAAAAUCUCGGUGCCGAACUGGGAUUCUUUUCCAAAUUGGUACCCACUCUAGUGGUCCUCAUGGGCAACACCUUUCCUGAACUCAAGACAAAACAGGAACAUGUGACGGCCGUCAUUCGAGACGAAGAAGAAUCCUUCAAUCGGACCCUCGAUAAGGGACUCCAAAAAUUCAACGAGUUGGUGGAGAAAAUGGGAGAUUCCAAGGUUUUCUCGGGCGAAGAUGCUCACUUCUUGUACACUUCCAUGGGUUUCCCCGUCGAUUUGACAGAGCUCAUGGCAGAAGAAAAAGGAUUGACUAUCGACAAGGACGGUUUUGAAAAGAAAAUGCAAGAGGAAAUCAAGUUGAGUCGGGAGGCCCGUGAUGCCAAAAUGUCGGGUGGCUCAGGAAAGGAUAUGCGAAUGGUUGCUGAACAAACCUCGCAUUUGGUAUCCAAGGCUGUCCCCGCAACCGAUGAUUCUGCGAAGUACGUCUGGGACCAAAAGUUGGAAGGAUGCAACGUGGCCGCACUGUUCUUGGGACGAAACGAAACCGAGGAUAAGAUCGGUUUUGUCGAAUCGGCGACAAAGGAAAGCAGCACUAUUGGAGUUGUCUUGGAUAAGACUAGCUACUACGCUGAAUCCGGAGGACAAAUUUAUGACACUGGGUCCAUCACAACAGGAGGAGCUACAGUGCGCGUCGACAGUGUGCAAAUAUACGGUCAAUUUGUGGUGCACGUGGGCGAAGUGACCGACGGAACCAUCACCGUGGGUGAAACUGCUGCUUGCUCAGUCGAUUACAAGCGACGAUCUCCGAUUGCUGCCAACCACACCAUGACGCACGUUCUUAACUAUGCCUUGCGAAAGGUACUGAUUGAAGACGGAGACGGAAAGGCUACCACGACCGUAGACCAAAAGGGUUCGUUGGUCGACGAAUCCAAGCUGCGAUUUGACUUUUCUUGGAAUGGUCAAUUGUCACCCGAACAACUCGCCAAGGUUGAGGCCCUGUGCGUCGAUCGCAUCGAAAAGGAAGUCCCUGUCGAUGCGUAUGUCGCACCACUGGACGACGCCCAAAAGAUUUCGUCGCUGCGUGCUGUGUUUGGAGAAAAGUACCCUGAUCCUGUCCGUGUGGUCGCUGUCUCCAACAGUCCCGUUCCCGAGAUGUUGGCCAAUCCACAAGAUUCUCAAUGGAAAGAAUACAGUGUUGAAUUCUGCGGAGGGACCCACUUGAAGAACACCAAAGAAGCUGAGGCCUUCGUUCUCUUGAGCGAAGAGGGUAUUGCCAAGGGUGUCCGUCGUAUUGUGGCUGUCACCCAGAAGGAUGCCAAAGAGGCCAUCAAACUCGCAGAAGAAUUUGAAGGGAAGCUAAAGGAAGCCGAUAAGAUUGACGGUGAGGCCGCUUUAGAAGCCGAAUUGAAGGUGCUCAAAGCCAGACUGAAUGAGUUGUCCAUUUCAUCUGUGAAGAAGCACGCUUUCCGCGAGAAAAUCACCGAACUGACGAAGAAAGUAUUGGCUUUGAAGAAGAAGAAAGCGUCUGGUAUGACAGGCGAAAUUGUCGCCAAGGCCGCUGAGGCGGCCGCUGCCACAGAGGGUAAUAAGGUCGUAGUACGAUUUGACUUUGGCUGUGACGGCAAGGUUUGGAAGGCCGUGUCGACCGCAUACGGCAAGAAAGUCAAGGACAAGGCUCUACUGCUGGUUACGGCUGAUACUGAUGCAGACCGUUUCAUGGUUGGCGCCGUUGCUCCGAAGGGAGUUGACGUGGAUUGCAAGGCUUGGGUGACGGCUGCUACGGAAGGAACUGGCGGCAAGGGCGGCGGAAAGAAAGAUUCGGCACAGAUGAACGUCCCCGGCUUAAGCCAUAUUGAUGCUGUGCUAGAGAAGGCCAAAGGGUUUGCAUAAACGAGAGAAGGAAGCUGCAGGGCGACCAAGCGAAAAUGAACCCAGCUCAAAGCGAAGAAGGACCAACGCAUUCUGCGACCCGAUCUCUGACACGCAGCUAGAAGCAACAAAAUGAAUAGGAUACACGUAUGGUUAAAACAAUGGUUAUCUGUAGAUUGGGUGACGCGACUUCUCUUGGCCGAAGUGGAGUAAGAUAUGGUAGUCAGUGUAGUUUAAAAUCACACUAAAAGCUUGAGAGUUCCUCCAAGGCGAAAUACGAAUUGAACUGACUCUCUUCGUGUAAAUUCCACCUUGCAACUCAAGAACGGAAUCAUCAUGGCAAGCCAGUUUCAAUUGCUGAGCGAUCUUCCUCACGGUGGGCCUUUCUUGGUUGCUUCUUUUAUCGGGUCCGCGGAGUCACCUGAUGCCAUGACUAAGCCAUGGCAUCAGGGCAUCAGGUGAUCGCCCUUCUGCCAUCGUCGUCUGCUUCGAAUUCCUUCCCAGCACCAACCGCCCUGUGCUCUACCUUUACGAUUCGCAUGCAUGUAGAUUGCGCUCGAGUUGUGCCAUUGACCAAUGCCAUGGAGCAUCUCUGCCCCGGCAGCAGUACCAGCAUCGUGCGCUGCAACCGGCAAAGCGCACCUCCUCGACAGCUUCCGUCCAUCCUUUGAUGACACUCCAAUACGAGAAGAUCCGGAUCGCACUUCUCACUAAUGGUCAAACUUGAGCAGUUUCGUUUCCGAGCUUAUGUGGGCCAAAGCAAAUGAGAUUAUCGUCCAAUUGCUGCCAAGUGUGAUCGGCUUUCGAAUGGCUUGCGCGCAGGGUACGGUACGAGGAGACUUUUAAUC